AUGCCUUCGGAAGAUGAGCAACUAGUCGACCCAGUACCACUCCGCUCAGGCCAUUCCAACCGACGGGCUGCUCCUAGAAGAGUGCCGCGCCUCGGCGAGAACAGCGCGUCUGCGCUGGCAUCUGACACGGACACCACGAGUAGCUCGUCAUCAUCGUCGUCGUCAGCGUUCCCGCCGAUCCGGCGGCCUCCUGCGUGUCGUCGGCGACCGUCGGGUAUGAAUCUAUCCCUGAGAGCUCCGAUAACUGAGAUGCCCGAGGACGGGGGCGAGCUCCCUCCCGACGGUCCUGACUUCUCCACGCCGCGACCGCAGCGCGAGAAGAACCCGCGAGAAAUAUUACACGAAGGCGAACGAGGCUUUAUUGUCGACCUCAGGCUCAAUCUGGACGUCGAGGUGCACAUCAAGGCGAAGCUGUCGGGCGACUUGACACUGUCAGUGUUGUAA